AAAGCGAGUUUUUAAAGUACUAUACUAAUACUGCGGAACUUGUGCUUUUUUGUUGAGUAAGGUCUUUUCUUAUUUAUCAACGAGACAAUUAUAUUUUGUGUUCUAAUUUUAGGCUUAACUAACAUGUUAUCCGUAUUGCAUAUGUUGCUAUUUGCUUUUAUUCCUACGCGUUCUGAGGAAAUCCAAACAUUCCCACAGCUGGUUUCCCCAGUGACCUUGGUUAGCAAAUUUCACAGAAUACGGGGCUCUAUAAAACCCAUAACACCCGAAUUAUUAGAGUUAGUACCUACUAAACUUUCUCGAACAAACUCAAAGCAUGCGAUGCAGGAUUUUGGUGCUGUGUGCAUUCAUUUGCCUCUUUGUAAUUUUGACCGAGGCCAGGCAGAGGAAAGUCAAUCAUUCCGCUGAUAGAAGAUCAUUGGCGGUCAGAAGGGGACACAGGAACCAGCGGAGUAGUGCUCGUCAUGGAGCAGGAUUGGCUGCCAGAUCAAGGAAUCAAAGGAAACGCAGAUUAAAUGCGGCCAAGAGAAGCAGGAGGAGGCGUAACUUGGCUAGAAAGGCAAAUCGGAAAAUUAAGGCCAAAACUGAGUCAGUCGUUAGAAGUGGUUCAAGUUACGCUACUUUACCAUUGGACUUCCAACAGAACUUCGUGCGAACCACCGACAACCUGCGAUCGGAGAAGUCCUUUUUGGCCAAUCGAUAUGGCUUUAGUUUUUCCAAGACUUCUGGAACGGCCACUUUGAAAAACACGGCGAACAUGGAGUAUACCUGCAAAAUGAACAUUGGUACACCCAAGCAGAAGUUCACAGUGCUUCCGGACACUGGAAGCUCGAAUAUUUGGGUGCCUGGACCGCAUUGCAGGAGUAAGGCUUGCAAGAAACACAAACAAUAUCAUCCGGCCAAGUCAAGUACCUAUGUUAAGAAUGGGAAAUCCUUCGCCAUCACCUACGGUUCAGGUAGUGUGGCAGGAGUUCUGGCCAAGGAUACGGUGAGAAUAGAUGGGCUGGCUGUGACAAAUCAAACUUUCGGCAUGACCACCAAGGAACCGGGAACCACUCUUGUGACCUCCAAUUUCGAUGGUAUACUAGGACUGGGAUAUCGAUCCAUAGCCGUGGACAAUGUGAAGACCCUCGUGGAGAACAUGUGCUCGGAGGAUGUGAUCACCAGUUGCAAGUUUGCCAUUUGCAUGAAGGGCGGCGGCAGUUCCGCGCGAGGUGGUGCCCUAAUCUUCGGCAGCUCCAAAACAAGUGCAUAUAGCGGAUCCCAUAGCUACACAUACACUCCGGUGACCAAAAAGGGUUACUGGCAGUUCACUCUGCAGGACAUUUACGUGGGCGGCACCAAAGUGAGUGGCUCGGUGCAGGCCAUUGUGGAUUCCGGAACUUCUCUGAUCACAGCACCGACGGCCAUUUACAAAAAGAUCAACAAGGUCAUCGGAUGCACCGCUACCUCCAGCGGUGAGUGUUGGAUGAAGUGCUCCAAGAAAAUACCCGACUUCGCCUUUGUCAUCGCGGGCAAGAAGUUCGUCGUCAAGGGUAACAAGAUGAAAUUAAAGGUGAGGACCAACAGAGGCAAGACAGUCUGCAUAUCGGCGGUAUCUGAAGUUCCCGACGAGCCAGUGAUCCUGGGCGAUGCCUUCAUCCGGCAUUUCUGCACCGAAUUCGACUUGGCCAACAAUCGCAUCGGAUUCGCUGCCACUACGUAUGCCACUUAGACUUAUCUGUAUUAACUUAUAAUGCAGCGUAUAAGUAUUAUAUGUAUUAUAAUAUGUAUUAUAUAUAUUAUAUUAUAUGUAUUAACUUAUAAACGAUCAUUUUAAAUUUUAGUACACCUGUAACUUGAAGCUCACUGUUCCUAUGUAACUUCUAAAAUUGUUGCCAAAUUAAAUCAUUUUGCUAA